ACAUCAUCCCUUCUAGACGGGAAAGGAGGAGGAAGAAGAAGAAGAGGGGGACGACCUUGACCUUUUAUGGAGCAAAGAUGACGCCCCGGCGGAUUCUCUGUCCGCUGCCGCCGUGGGGACAGGAAGUGAUGAAACUCGCCGCUGUUCAAGCGCUGUUGAGCAGGACGUGGAGACGGAGGACGCCGAGAGCCGAGACGAGGCGUUAGACGGGGGGGACGACGACUGGAACCCCGACACCCGUCCUGCGCCGCGGGCGUCCAAGCAGCCCCGCAGGAAGCGCAGCGCCAAGGCUCCGGGCAGGGAGGGGACGCUGAUCAAGCGUAAAAAGCUGUGUAAGAUCUGCGGCGUGUGGUACCGGAUGACGGGCAGUUUGAUCAAACACGCCUGGAGUCACGCGGAGGAAUCGCCGCACGUCUGCGGCGUGUGCGGCGAGAACUUCCCCUCGACGGAGGACUUAAAGGGACACCUUAAGACGUACCAGAAAACCCACGAGUGCUCGUACUGCUCCAUGGCCUUCUUCACCCUCACCGGCCUCAAGGGCCACACCACGCGGCACACAGGCGAGCGUCCCUUCAAAUGCGACGUCUGCGGGAAAACCUUCUCGCGCGUGGCGAGUCUGAGCGUGCACCGCUGGGUCCACGUGGAGGAGAAACCCUACAAGUGCGAGGUUUGCCCGAGGACGUUUGGGUUGAGGGGGCAGCUCCAAGCGCACCGCCGCAGGCACGGCGUGCGGGACAAGUACCAGUGCAACGUCUGCGGCAAGCUCCUCACCGACCUGCGGUCGCUGUUCCGCCACAAGACGAUCCACUCGGCGGAGCGGCGCCACGGCUGCGACGUCUGCGGGAAGCGCUUCCGACUGGUCAACACGCUGAAGUCGCACCAGCUGACGCACACGGUGCGCGAGCGCCCGUUCCUCUGCCACAUCUGCUGCAACACCUUCACCACAAACUACACGCUCAACGCCCACUUCCGCCGCGUGCACAGCAGCGAGCGCCCGUUCGCCUGCGCCUCGUGCGGCAAGGGGUUUAUAUCCAACGGCGAGCGCAAGGCGCACAUGCGCAUGCACACGGGCGAGGCGCCGUACGGCUGCUCCGAGUGCGGGCGCUUCUUCAAGCGCAAGAGCCACCUGAACAACCACGUGCGGACGCACCUCGGCAUCAAGCAGUUCGUCUGCGCCGUGUGCGGGAAGGCGUGCUCGCGCCAGGAGCACCUGACGGUGCACAUGAGGACGCACAACGGGGAGAGACCGUACCAGUGCUCGCUCUGCGACCGGGCCUUCACGCAGAGCCACUGUCUGAAGACGCACAUGAAGAGCCACGGGGGGGGCGGGGGGGGCGGCGGUGGCGGAGGAGGAGUAAAAAAAGAAGAAGAAGAAGAAGAAGAAGAAGAGGAGGUGCCGCUGAACGCAUCGGCGCCCUGA